AAUGAUUUGGGGGGGAAAAAAAAAAAAAAAAACGCUGCUCUGGGUAGCAUUUUCCACCCAUUUGAAACGAAAAGAACGCUUCUGUCUUUAAUCUUGCUUUGCAUAGCUACGCAGAAAAGACUGUUUAACACACCUCUUUAUGCUUUGUCUUCUGGGGGAACCCUACCAGGAGCCUUAUGAUCGUCUUUUGGAAGUCCCGGUCACUCGGGAGCAACUAAACCACUAUCGGAAUGUGGCUGAAAAUGCUCAAAGUGAACUCGCGGCAAUUUUGGUCAAAUUCAAAUGUGCUCAGGCUGAGCUUCGAGACCUCCGAUCCAAGAUGCUUUCCAAAGAAGUUUCCUGUCAGGAGCUGAAAGCUGAAAUGGAGACCUAUAAAGAAAACAAUGCCAGAAAGUCAUCUCUCCUCACCUCUUUGAGAGACAGAGUUCAGGAGCUAGAAGAAGAGUCAGCAGCACUUUCUUCUUCUAGAAUUAGAGCAGAAAUCACAGCUCACUCUGCCAUCAAGGAGAACCAGGGGUUAAAGAAGAAAGUUACAGACUUAGAAGAAAAAUUACAAAAGUGUUUAAAGGAGAACCAGGAGAAUAAGAAUGAAGCCUCAAAGAACUGCAGAAAACAGGAGGAAUUUCUAUCUCAACUUCGUGACUGCCUGGGUCUGGAUAAGAAGAAUGACAAAGCAUCAGAUGAAGAUUUGAUUUUAAAGCUUCGAGAGCUGUGCAAGGAAAAUGGAUCUGUGAAAGGACAAAUUGUUACUCUUGAAGAGACCAUAAGUGUCCAUGAGAUGGAGGCAAAGGCUAGCAGAGAGACGAUCAGGAGGCUGGCUGAAGAAGUAAACAGACAGCAGGAAAAAGCUGCAUCCUGUCUUGAAGAGAAAGACAAGCUGAGCCAGGACUUUCUCAGGGCUACAGAAGCAAAAGAAGCUCUUGAAAAGGAAGUUAAGAUCUUCCAAGAAAGGUUGCUUGCUGGCCAGCGGGUCUGGGAUACCUUGAAGCUGGAGCUGAGCCACCUAAAGAAAAGCACUUAUGAGCUGGAGAAGAGUUUGAAGGCCAGUCAGGACGAAGUCGCAGCCUCACAAAGCCAGUACUCCUCAUUUAGGCAGAAAAUCGCAGCCCUCCUUAAGGGCAGCUGGGGCGUGACUGGGGCCACAGAGGACGCCAUUUUGGAGAGGAUUCGCGAAAUGGACAGCCAGGAAGAGAACAGGAAAAGGAUGGUCUCCCAGCUUGAAGCCCAAACAUCUAAGCUUGUCCAACAGUUGGGAAAUGAGACUGAGCUGCACCAGAAGGCUCUACAGAGGGCCCAGAAAGCCGAGAACAAGUUGGAGACUCUUCAGGCUCAAGUGACACACCUGGAGGGGGAGCUGGUUUCUGGAGAUUUUUUGCGAGACAACUUGAAUUUUGAGAAACAAAAAUAUCUUAAAUUUCUGGAUCAGCUAUCAGAGAAAAUGAAGUUGGACCAGAUGGCUGCUGAACUUGGCUUUGACAUGCGUCUGGAUGUAGUUUUAGCUCGCACAGAGCAGCUGGUCCGCCUUGAGAGCCACGCAGUCGUUGAAAACAAGACGAUCGCCCACAAUUUACAGAGAAAGCUAAAGACUCAGAAAGAACAGCUGGAGAGCAAAGAACUGCACUUGAGCCUCCUCCGGCAGAAAAUAGCCCAGCUGCAGGAGGAGAAGCAGGCGCGCACGGCCUUGGCCGUGGAGAAGGACGAGGCCACUCUCGCAGUCAGGAAGUUGGAGAAGAAAGUGGAGAGGCUACAGAAGGAGCUGAGCACCUGUCGAGAAUCGAACACUGAGCUCAAAGCUAAACUUGCCGACACCAGUGAGCUGAAGAUUAAAACUUUAGAACAGACCAAAGCCAUUGAAGACCUGAAUAAAUCCAGAGACAAACUGGAGAAGAUGAAGGAGAAAGCUGAGAAAAAGCUCAUGUCAGUCAAGUCAGAGCUUGACAGCACAGAACAUGAGGCGAAGGAGCACAAGGAGAGGGCCAGGAACAUGAUAGAAGUGGUAACCAGUGAAAUGAAGACCCUAAAAAAAUCUCUGGAAGAGGCAGAAAAGAGAGAAAAGCAGCUGGUGGACUUCAGGGAUGUAAUUUCCCAGAUGCUGGGCUUGAACGUGACCACUCUCGCGCUUCCUGAUUAUGAAAUCAUCAAGUGUCUUGAAAGACUGAUCCACUCACAUCAGCACCACUUUGUCACCUGUGCCUGCCUCAAAGAUGUGACCACUGGGCGAGACAGGCUCCUGCAAGACCACUUAAAACCUGUUCACUGAAUGCCGUAUCUCUUGAGGGAGGUGGAGCUAAGAGAUGGGACACAACUCACAAUUUCACAAAUUCCCCUUUGAAUUUUGAUCAGUGUGUGAACGUUAUAUACUUUCAUGAUAUACUGAGAACACAUCAUUGGCAAAAAAAAAAAAAGUAUUCCUAAAGGUGCCAGCUUUAUAUAAAUGUUCAUCACUAAAAAUGCUUAUUAUUUCAUUUGUUAGCAUGUUGGGACCAAGAAAAAUUUCACUAAAUUAUUCUAGAUAAUUCCACGAUAUUUCAGUUGGAAAAUGGGGGUGGGGAAUUUAACAUUUAUGAGGCACCUAUAUGGAGUCAGGGGCUUUACUACUCAGUUUAGUUCCCAUCACAACCAUGUGGAGAAGCUUCAGUGUUUUUUAUGUUAUAAACUCUUUGGGGCUCAGGGAGCCCUGGUGGCACAGUGGUUAAGAACUCGGCUGCUAACCAAAAGGCUGGCAGCUCAAAUCUACCAGUCACUCCUUGGAAACCCUAUGGGGCAGCUCUACUCUGUCCUAUAGGGUCACUAUGAGUCAGAAUCGACUUGACGGCAAUGGGUAUGGGUUAUGGGGCUCACAGAAGGCAUUACCUGUCCCAGAUUGCAGCUGGUUAGUGAGAACUGGCUAUACAACAUGUCUGCUCUGUGUCAAAGGCCAUACUUUUUCUACUACCCCACAGUCCUACUGUUUCUCCUGAAUCCCUGAGAUUCUGGUGGAUAUUUCUUGCAUAAAGGAAGGAAAACAUCCCCAUAAAACCAGUUGCCGUUAAGUUGAUUCUGAUUCACGGCAACCCAUGUGUGUCAGAGUAGAACUGUGCUCCAUAGGGUUUUCAAUGACUGAUUUUUUGGAAGCAAAUCACCAGGCCUUUCUUCUGAGGUGCCUUUGGGUGGACUCAAACCUCAACCUUUCGAUUAGCACCCAAGUGCAUUAAGCAUUUGUACCAGUCAUAUAAACCUGAAGUCCUAUAAGAAACUUACAUAUAAGAGAUUUUAAAUGUUUACUCAGAUUCCAUCAAGUGAUAAAUUUUAAUGUUUGAACAGGGCUGGUCUCAGCACUUUAAAAAUGAUACCUUUUUUUUUCUGGAUCAGGAUUUUAUUAUGAAUUUUGAAUUUCUAUCACUUUCUACCUUUUUAAAAAAUCGUGGUAAAACAUGAAUAACAUAAUUUCCCAUUUUCAUCAUUUUUAAGUUAACAAUUCAGUUCUGCCUUCCUUUUUAAUUUCUAUUUUAUAAAUGUUUUUCAGGAAACCACAUUCUUAAUGAGAAAAAUGUGUUAUUAUUUUGUCAGCUCAGACUCAUGUCAACCUUAUGCCUUAUGUAUAACAGAACGAAAUGUUUCCCAGUCUUGCGCCAUCUCCAUGAUCUUUGAUAUGUUUGAGUCCAUUGUUGCAGGUAUUGUGUUAAUCCAUCUCAUUGAGGGUCUCCCUAAUUUUCACUGACCCUCUCCUUUACCAAGCAUGAUGUCCUUCUCUAGUGAUUGGUCUUUUCUGACGAGGUGUCUAAAGAAGCAAGACGAAAUAUCACCAUCCUUGCAUCCUGGUUGUAUUUCUUCUAAGACUGAUUUGUUCAUUUUCUGGCAGUCCAUAAUAUAUUCAAUAUUCUUCACCAACUCUUUUCUGCAAUAGUCAAAGAUAUUUUGAACAUUAUCAUUUUAAAAAUAUAAAAUUUGUUAUGUUAUUUUUCUAUUUUUGGCUUAUUAUUAAUUAUAUUUCUGGAUUCAUGUAAGAGUCUAAAAAUGGUUCACAGCGGUUAGUACUGUACUUUAUUACUUGGAAUUGCAUUUCAUUUAUCCAAAUAUAUGUUUAUAUAAUAUUUCUCUUGUGUGACUCUAGUGUAUAUAUGAUAAUCUUUGAUACAUACAAAAUUAUUAAAAUUAUUUGAAUGUAACCCUUGAGAUUUCUAGUGGAAACGGUAGAUGGGCUAAGAAAAAUAAAUUUGGGUAAUGGUCCAUAUACACAUUAACUGUUUGUCACGCAGACAAAUUGAAAAUCCUUUAAUAAAAACCAUUUCUCUUCUUGUUAAAAUGCCAUUUGGUAGUUGGCUUACCCUCUGUGGCAUUCAUUCCAGACUUGGCAAGCUGGCUUCACAUUUUUAUGUUAGAUUUUAUUCUUUUAUAAUAUCUAUGUAUAUUUUAUG